UUUAGAGCCGUUCAUGUUUGCAGCAGAAACUAGUUUUGGCAAGAGCUUAAUAGACAAGAUUUUAAAUACAGAGGUGGUGUAUGUACAUACAGCUCAGGUGGAAGUUAAGCACUCAAAGAAUAUUGAGGACAGUCAAACCACACUUAAUAUAUUCAUACUACAGCCAUAUGCUGCUACUGAAUACAAGCUGAAAGUAUUUUGAAUGUAGAGACACAUCUUGUAAAGAGACACCGUAAGAUAAAUAUAGAUAUCUGAAAAAGAUAGAAUGCAGAUUGAAAUGACAGAUUUUACAGAUGAGGAUUUGGAUAACUAUCUACAGAACCAGGUGGAUCUCCGGCACCGGCAGGUUUUGAAAACCGUGGAGGAGGUACAGAAAGUCAUCCAGGCCCUGACUGCAGAAGUCAGCAGAAAGGACGGGAGGUUUCAGUCAAUUUCCAACUCAGGAAUCCACAAUGAUAACGUCAAAGAUCAGCCAGCUUUAAUAGCCAAAUGGUCAGCUCUUCUGAGAGGAAAAAGUGCAUUCAACCCAGCUAUCCAGGUUCUUACCCCCACAUUGUUCCUGGUCUCUGUUCCUGUUAGGGGCCUCUCGGGGUACAAGGAGCGCAGAGCAAGGCAGUGGCGCUACUACACCCUGAGUGGCUCCAAGCUGCUCUCCCCUGUGCGCGAGCCAGAGAAGCUGCACCAAUGGCUGGAGUUGGAGAGCUUCACCACCAGCUGCCAGGAGUGGCACAACUCCAGCGUGGCCAUUGAGGGGGACAUCGUCCCGGCCAAAGUAGGGAACCUUUUCAAAGAACUGCUGGAGACCUCCAUCGAAAGCUGUAACCUCACCAGGAAAGUGAGUAUAUUAGAGAGUGUAGGGUCGGUGGUGCGUGUUGCCGUGGAAACAUCAGAACUACAGGUUGAGGUGGAGCUUAUUCCAACUGUGGAGCUCAUAAACUGCUGGCCAAAAAAAGCACGAUGGCCCAGAUUCUUCAAACGGUGGCCCUCAAAGGAGAGAGCUCGAUGCAGUAAGUCUUUCGGGUUUAACCUGAUGGCUUCCUCCAAUUACCACUGGCUCCUGUCCUUCACACGGGUAGAGCAGGUGUUGAUGUGCAGCAUUGAUGACGAUGGGGGCUGCAGGAGGAAGUGCUACCGGGUAAUCAGGCAGUUAAAGGAGGACAUUUGGUGCCCUGGAAGUAAACCUGUCAUCACUGCUUAUCAUCUACAGACGCUGUUGAUGUGGACUUGUGAGAAAUACCCCGGCAGCAAAGACUGGCGGAACUUUAAAAAGAGUUUCCUGCGGCUUGUUAAGAAGCUUCACAAGUGUGUGAGCCAGAGGUACCUGAGGCACUUUUUUGUGAGGGGCUACAACCUGCUAAAAUACACCAACACCAUCGAGCUGGACAUCAUGGCUAAGAAAAUUUCAGAUUUCCUAGAGAAUCCUGGGCUCUACAUCCACUAACUUAGAGAUACGAGGAAACAGAAUUUAGCAAAGAAAAAGUCAUGGUUCAGCACAGACAAGCAAAACGAAUCCCUGGGAACUGUAGUAAAGCAUGGUAAAAACCAGUUAGCCUUGGAAAAGCAUGGUAAAUGCAGUAUAGUCUUGAAAAAACUAUUGUAAGCCUGCAUAAAUGACUGCGAGAUAGGCUUUUAUAAGGACAGUUAUUUCUUUCUUUCUUUCUUAGUCACUGUAUUUUGAUCUUGCUCUUAAUUGUAUUAUUACUUGUACUGUGAUUCUUGAAAUGUAUUUUUUGUUUACGAUUGUAAGUCAUAUAAUAAUUAUGUCAUUUAUUUGAUAAAUCUUUUGUGGAGUGAUGAGGUGAAAAGCACCAUUGUAGGCUCACUACAGUAUGACACUUUGAAAAGUUGAACCCUAACCCCACAAUGUGGAUGAGGUGGCAUCUGCUUUGAUGUUUUAGUUUAUUAUUUUUAAUCCUGGCAUUGUUGCUCACAGUGUUGACCUUUUCUAAUGUUCUAAUGUAUGUUACAUGACCAAUGCUUGUUAGGAAGCCAUUCAUUAAUUGGGUUCUACUAUUUUAUUCCCUAUUUUUUAGAUCAUUGUUUUUCAAUGUACCCCUCUAUUAACAUUAACAGGAGAACAAGAGUGUGUGUUGUUUUAUAAGAAGAGUUAGAUCACAAUUUUGAAAGAAAUCGUAUUUAUCUUAUUGUUAUUUGGCUGAUCCUUUAACUUGUGUGCAUGCUGCUUGUUUUCGUCAGAUUCUAUUUACUGUACAGUCACUGUAACACAACAUGACUAUUGUAGCCCCCCCACAUAGCAUGUUACAUCUCUUUAUAGCUGGCACAUUUCUGUAUAAGACAUAUUUACAUACUUGCAUAUUUAACUGAAAUUGUGGCCUCUAGACUAACUUGUGAUUUUGAAUGCAAGUAAGAUAAGGUAUGUCAAUGUUUAAAUGUAUUUCUAUUGAUUUUAUGGAGUUGCUGUUUAAACUGAUGUCCACACUCUGGUAAAGAUCACUGGACACACUAAACUCAUUAUGCAGUAGGCAGUGUAAGCAAUGUAUCAGGGAGUUCUACUGCCAGUGUGGCCAAACUAAUUCAAAUAGACUACACCUGACUCAUGCAUGACCUAAAAGGCAGAUUUGUCAAACUGUUUUUAAAUUUUUGAAUUAAUGUAUUUUUUCGUUUGUUUGUUUAAAAACACAAAGAUGGGCAUUAAAAUCAGAAGAGUGAGUCAGAUUCUAAAUUAGAACCUAAACAGCCUACCCUUGAAGAGAGAGAGAGACAGCAAUACUUUUGAAUCAGGUAGUGCAAUUCACACACAUGCUUCCCUAUCCACAAUCUGUGAAUCACAGGUAGUUAAUGUGCUGAUGUCAUUGUUAUUUGAAAUUACACUGAUAAAAUAGGACACCCAAGGAAGCAACGACUUGUUCCAAAAAAGUGCUGUUUUAGGCAUCAUAGGUGUUCAAAAACAAAAUGAAAUUGAUAAAUAGCUUGUGAGAAGAAAAUCACACCACAAGCAUUAGCUAUCAAGUGGAGUGAAUAAUCAAACUGAAUGAAAACUUUCCAGUGAGUCAGCAGUACCUAUGCUGUAGCCACUGCAGUUUAAGCAGAAAGGCUUCUUUUUUUUAAUAUAAAAAUAAAAUAAAUCUUCAAUUAGUUAUUUUUGAAGUUAAACAAUUUUGACUUGGGUGAGUGAGUAUUUAUUAGGAGGCAGUGUGGUCCAGUGGUUAAAGUCCAGGGCUGGUAACCAGAAGGUCACCAGUUCAAAUCCCACCUCUGCCACUGACUGACCCACUGUGUGACCCUGAGCAAGUCACUUAACCUCCUUGUGCUCCAUCCUGCGGAUGAGAUGUUAAAUCAAUGUCCUAUUGUAAGUGACGCUAUAUAUAAUGCACAGUUCACAGCCUACCUCUGUAAAGUGCUUUGUGAUGGUGGUCCACUAUGAAAGGCGCUAUAUAAAGAUAUUAUUAUAUUAAAAACCUCAGCGCUCCUGUCAACAAACCCUGAACUUCACUGUCAAAUGUAUGGAAGUGCCAGACUCCUCGGGCUGUGUGUACAACACUUACAGACACAUUCCAUCGGUGUGCUCAUCUGUCAUUUUCAAUCUGCAUGUUUGUCCCAGCAACUGAGCCUAAAGGAGACCUGUGAGAAACAGCUAGCUCCCCAUCAUGUAGCUGGCAGUCAUCCAUUAGAAUACAAGGUAACAAAGACUUUUGGGAUCAGUACUUAUUUUAUAUUUUUCACACACUGCAAAAAUCCAUCCUGCUCUACUCCCUAUGCACUGCUAACAGAUAUAAUAUAACAACCUGCUAAGUGCCAAAUUGCAGGAGCUUCAGGCACACUGUUGGUUUCACAUUGUAUUGCAAUUUAUUGUAUAUGUAGCUCGUGGGAUGUUGCCUUUUAAUCCACAGCCACUAUAGCUCUUCAGUGCCGGCAUAGCUCUUCACAUAGGCAGUUAAGACAGGUCUGUUCCGUCUCUGAUUUGCCUUGCGAGGUAGUUCAGAACCGUCACAAAAUAUUUCCGCUCUGCUGGUAUUCACACAGCCCACCAUGCUGCUUCAGUGCUGGCUUUGAGCCGUAAUAACUCUUCUGUGUGAAAAGGGGCUCUUGUGACCAAAAUCACUGAGCCAUGCCAAAAUACAAUCUCUUGAUAUAUGUAGUGCUGCAUAAGAAGCCUGUCAAGUUGAAGGUUUUACAGUAUGAAUGCUUGAAAGCUUGAAACACAGUUUGAGGAGAAGGCCAAUGAACCCUAGCCUAGAUGACCUCUUGUUAUUCAGAGAUAACAGUGGUCUUUGUAUAGACAUCUGUCUACGAAGAACGGCUAAAUUCAUUUCACUUGUGAGCUAUGGAUAUUCAGGUGUAAGGCAAGUACUGUACAUUAAGUGACUGCAUGCAACACAGAUAGAUCAUGAACAUCACUCGUAAAAAGGGCAGAUCUGAGAUGAGAACAAGGAUACAAAUCCAUACUUGUUGCUAUAUAGUCUAUAUUAGAAAUGACAGUUGGCCCAAUUGUUUCUUUUUACUCACAAGCCAUAAUAUAUCUUUGUUUCACUUUGGGGGGUUUGCUGGGAUCUGUCACUUCUGAUUUCACAACCCCUGCCUCUGCCACAAUCUCUUUCCUUAAUUGUGUUACAAGCUGUUCGAAGUAUUUGUUUUUUUCUCAAUGUCUAAUAACAGUAGAUCUGUACUGCUCAAUACAAGCAAUCUCUGUUUUUGCUUCUCACAGGAAUAAAAAAUAUGGUCCUCUUCAAUUUUGUAUUAUUUAAUUUAAAAAACUGAAAUCUUCUGUUCUAGCCCUAAGCAGAAACAAAUCCGGGGUUUACUCUUUAAGCAAAGGCUUUGAAACGUGGCUAGGGUUGCCUAGCAACCCCAGAUUUCAAGCUCAAGGCAGUGUUUUUUAAUACCAACCAAUGCGGUAUUGGGUACAAGACGUACCUCUUUCGUGUUUAUUGCAAUGAGUAUAACAAUAAGGGAGCUGUUUAAAAGAUUUCCUUGAAGCCAGCACUGACAGGCUUGCUGCAAGGACCAACUGGAUUCACUGUCAUUCUUAACAAAACAAAAAACAAACAAAACAAUCCUGUCAGCACCCCACUUUAUAUCUUUCAUAAAAUCUGCCCACUGAGAGUAUCUCAAAAUUCUAUUAACCUUUAGAGAAUCUGUACACUGAAAAUGAGGGACAAGUAAAUGGCAGCAGUGUGGAGUAGUGGUUAGGGCUCUAGACUCUUCACUGGAGGGUCGUGGGUUCAUUCCCAGCUGGAGGACACUGUUGCUGUACCCUUGAGC